UGUUCACAAGACAACAUCAGCCAAGAUGGUUCAUCAACUCAUCAUCCUGUCAUGUCUCAUCAUGUCUGCAACAUGCAUGGUUUUACACCAAGCAGUGCCACUCUACGUACCGAUCCAGUAUCAAGAACCUACCAGGAACUACGACUUUGCUUACGAGGUGAAUGACGCACAUACUGGAGACUACAAGAGACAACAGGAGACAAGAAUAGGAGACACCGUGCUCGGACAUUACUCCCUUCUUCAACCAGAUGGUAUCACCAGGACUGUUCAGUACAGAGCUGAUGAAGGUACUGGUUUUAAUGCUGUGGUGAAUAAUGCUGGCAGAGCGAUCACUGAAAGACAAGAGGAGGCAUUGAGGGAAGAGAGUGAGAGGCGUGGCAAUGAACAACAGGAACAGUUUCGUCAGUCUUCUGGACAGCAAACCGUCAGGCCAUUGACUGUGGAGAAUACUGCACUCAUCCAUCACGUCCUUCGUCAGUAUCGUCAUGCUCACUAACUACCCUGAAGGAAGAUCGAUGUUCUUUGCAAGUUUCUUAUGA